UGUGCGGCUGCUGGAGCCAUUAGCGCGGGGCUGGCGCGGCCGAAGGCCGGGCUUGGAGCUCCCUCCCCCGCCCGAGCCCCGUCCCGGGGACGUCAUGGGAGGGAGGUAUAAAAUUUCAGCGUCGGGGCCGGGGAAACGGCAGUGUGCGCGGGCGGGCCGGUGUGGAGCGGUGUCGGUGUACGGACCAGGGCACGGCGGUCAGCGGAACCCACGGGCGCAGCGGACGGCCCGGCGGCAGCGCUCCCGGCUGGGCGAGAAGCGCGGCGGUGCCACGUUCCCGGGGGCCGGGCACCGGGCGAUGUAGGGCGCGGGGCCCGGCGGGGGCAUGAAUGGUGCAGCGAGAGGGGCGGGCGCGGCGCUCCCCCCGCGGCGGCGGGGCGGCGCAUGGGGAAGGAGCGCGGCGCGGCGAGGCACGGCGCCUGCCGCUUCUCCUUGCGGAGCGCUGCCAGCUCUUCCUGGAAGUCCUGAGUCGCGCACGGCGCAGUGAGUUCAUGCACCUCCUCGCCAAGCCUCAGCCUGCGGGUUCUGGGGAGGCUGCCGCCAGCACACCGCCCGGUCCCCCGCGCCCUCUCGCCGCCGCUCGGGGGUCUCUCCCGGAGGCCCCCGCCGCCGCCCCCUCACACAUGAAGAUGUACGUGCAAAGGGCUCUGGUACUGCUCUCCCUGCUGAGCUUCGCUACCGUGAGCCUCUCGCUGUCGUCCUGCACCACCUUGGACCUGGACCACAUCAAGAAGAAGAGGGUAGAGGCCAUCCGAGGGCAGAUCCUGAGCAAGCUGCGGCUCACCAGCCCGCCGGAGACCGUGGGGCCGGCCCAUGUGCCCUACCAGAUCCUGGCCCUCUAUAACAGCACUCGGGAGCUGCUGGAGGAGAUGGAGGAGGAGAAGGAAGAGAGCUGCUCUCAGGACAACACCGAGUCCGAAUACUAUGCCAAAGAGAUUCAUAAAUUUGACAUGAUCCAGGGCCUCCCCGAGCACAAUGAGUUGGGCAUUUGUCCAAAAGGUGUCACCUCCAAUGUGUUCCGCUUUAAUGUGUCAUCAGCAGAGAAGAACAGCACCAACCUAUUCCGGGCUGAGUUUCGGGUGCUGCGUGUGCCCAACCCAAGCUCCAAACGCAGUGAGCAGCGCAUUGAGCUCUUCCAGAUCCUUCGGCCAGAUGAGCACAUAGCGAAGCAGCGGUACCUCAGUGGCAGGAAUGUGCAGACACGGGGCUCUCCUGAGUGGCUGUCCUUCGAUGUCACCGAGACCGUGCGUGAGUGGCUUCUGCACAGAGAGUCCAACCUUGGCCUGGAAAUUAGCAUACACUGUCCUUGCCACACUUUUCAGCCCAACGGGGACAUCUUGGAGAAUUUGCAUGAAGUCCUGGAGAUCAAGUUCAAAGGCAUUGACAGUGAGGAUGACUAUGGCCGUGGGGACUUGGGACGCCUGAAGAAGCAGAAGGACUUGCAUAAUCCCCACCUCAUCUUGAUGAUGUUACCCCCACAUCGACUGGAGAGCCCCGUGUUGGGAAGCCAAAGAAAGAAACGGGCCCUGGAUACCAACUACUGUUUCCGGAACCUGGAGGAGAACUGCUGCGUGCGUCCUUUGUACAUUGACUUCCGACAGGACCUCGGCUGGAAAUGGGUCCACGAGCCUAAGGGCUACUUUGCAAACUUUUGUUCAGGCCCUUGUCCGUACCUUCGCAGCGCAGACACCACUCACAGCACGGUGCUGGGUUUAUAUAACACGCUGAACCCUGAGGCAUCUGCUUCGCCCUGCUGUGUUCCCCAGGACCUGGAGCCACUCACUAUCUUGUACUACGUCGGGAGGACCCCCAAAGUGGAGCAACUCUCCAACAUGGUGGUGAAAUCCUGCAAGUGCAGCUGAAAGGCCCCGUGGCCCACCCAAAGCCAAGGAAAAAACUGUCAGCACCCACUCUCCUGCUCCCAGGCUAACACAAAGAGAACUGGGGGUCAGAGACUACGCAUGCUGAAGGCCAAGUGCCAAACCUUGAGAGUCUGGCAGCCCUCCGGGAUUUCUUCUGGAACACUCCUUGGUCGUCUUGGCAGUGUAAUGUUCCUUCUAGGAAGUACUUUGGUGACACAAAGGCCACACUCUCCAAAAUGGCUGGACAGUUGGUGCGGAAGAAAAGGAUAAUGUGGAAGAACUGCAGUGUAUUUGAAUGUUGGGUAGCUGAGAUGGGAAAGCAAGAGAAUGAGAAAGCAGGUGAAAGGGAGAAUGGAGAAGGGGAGAUGUUUUCUAUUCUUGCUUUAGCUAUCUUAAGACCUCAGCCCUCCUCAUUAGCCUGAAGUAUUAAAGGUUUUCCCUGUAGGAGGAAUUUUUGAAGGUUUCCUUAGAGAAGGAAAAUUCACCAAGCAGGGAAGCUGCUAAGAGAAGUGCUCAGAGAUACACUUAAGACUUUUGUUCCUCAGAGCUGUGCUUCAGGAGUCCUGCAACUGAAACUGUGUCUGCCAAAACCUCUAAGUUCAGUUGACAGAUCCUGGCUAUUGGGUUCCAAAUUCAAACUGCAAGGCUCCCAGUCAGCCUACCAACAGUGGGCAAAUACAAGGAAAGAGGGUGCAGAGUCCAUUUUCAGAGGGACUGAAGUCUCCAUUCAGCUCUUUUACCUUCCUGGAGUUUCUAAGAUAUGAUUUCAGGGUCAAAGCAGGAGCAUCUGUGGGUACCUGAAUACUGGGCCUAUUCAUUUGUGAUCUGAUACACCCUGAGGACCUCUUGUCUGUUGUGGUUUGUGAGGUGCUUUGGGGUGUUCUGCACCUGUUCUGCAUGAUGACCUGAACUUGGUCUCACCUGCCAAGACUUAAAAAAUAGUAAUCUCAAAACCUUUGUAAAAAAUAAAUAUUUGGGGGGUGGGGGGAGAUGCUAAUUUUUUCACAAGCAAGUUUUUUGUUGGAGGGUUAGAUGAUUUGCUGGUUUUAAACUGCUACUGCUGUGGCAUACUCAGUCUAAAAUUCUUACCCUUUCCAAAAUGUUUCUUCAAAAGAACAGAUAGCAUUUAGGUCAGCAAGAAAAUUCCAAAAUGGAACUUUCUUAUUACCCUUAAACUGUACCUGGUGUAAAUGUGCCCUGUUCCAACCUAGUCCUUCAGACAUGUACAUCACCACUGGCAUCUGCUUUUGAUAGAUUCAUAUAAAGCUCCCCUCAAACAUAAAACACUUUCAACAAUACUGUUUAAGUAUCCAAGGCAAUGCAGUUGCCACAGCUGACAAAUGUCAUAUGUCCAUUUGAAGAUAUAUAUGGUCUGCCAAUACAGACCUGGUAAACUACAUCCAGGUAAAUAACACACCCUUCCUCUCAUGUACUGAUUUCAUGUUCAUAAAAAAGAUUACAGAUGCUGCCUGGGCAAGAAAUCAAUGCAGUCCUUUAAAUGGGCUUUUGCAGCCUUAGAUACUCCCAGAGGUAAAAAUCUCUGGUGCUGAAUGCCACAUGAGAUUCAGAGGCUGUCUCUGACUUGCCAAAACACAGCUACUUAAAAGUUCUGUUCUAGAGACCACAGAGGUUCCUCCCUGUCUCCUCCCAAUUCCUAGUCCCCAGCAACUGAAUGUAAAAUGACACCUAGCUGGUUUAUCACCUGUGGCCAGGGCUCUCCCACGGUCAGCUCAGAACUCAGCUCUUCCACCAAGCCCUUCACAACAGUGGCUGCUUCCAUAUACCUCAUGUGAGGCUGCCAAACCAUGUAAACUCAAAUGUCUUAAUAAACCAUAAACAGCCCUUCCUGAACCAUCACCAAUCGGAUAGAGGUUAGCAAGGGUGGGUCAGUGGAGGCAGCCUGCCAACCUGUAUGCCAUUUUGGCCAGGGCACACACACCCUGAUAGAGGCACUCCCCAGUGCUUUUUCCUUUUCAUCUCUGGGGCUCCCUGACAUGUGUGAUUGGUGUGAUGAUGAAAGCUCUGAUCAGUUCUGCAGCACUAGAGUAUUGCUGUGCCCUGUGCACCUCUCCAUGCCCAGGCUUCCCUGCCACCUGCCCAGGGAGGGAGCAAAUAAAUGCAUUAUGACUACACCA